AUGGAUAUUUCAGAUACUGAUUUAAUUCCUCAAAUUGUUCAGAUUUUAAAGACUACAAAAAAAGAUGAUUUAAAGGAAUUCAAUAAAGAAGUUACAAAACUCUAUCAGAAAGUGUCAAAUAUUCGAAAAAUGAUUGAAUCUCUUCCUGGUAAAGAUUUGAGUAUUUUAGAUCAAGAAGGAGUAAUUAAACGUUUAGAAAAACAAAUUUCUAUGCAAAAGAAGUUAUUGUCAGAAAUAAACAUGAAAGAAUAA